UGACCCGCGGACGCAAGCCCUUCAGCCUCGCUGCCAUCGGCAUGUAUUUCAUCGGCCUCUUUGCCUUCCUCCAAGUUGGCGCCGGGAUCGCCCAGGUCAUCGUCUCACACCAAGUCCGGUUCUACGCGAACCUUGACUCGACCAAGGCCAUCACGACGUUGCAAGGCGCCGCCUCGCUCGCCUGCGAUCUGCUGAUCACGGUCUAUCUCUGCAUUUUCUUGAAGCACCAGAAGACCGGGGUAUCGAAGACCAACUACAUGAUCGACCGCCUGUUCUACGACGCGAUCAACCGUGGGACGCUCACUUCGCUCGCCUCGGCCGCGACUAUCAUUCUUGUGCGGGCUUGUUGGUUCAAACCGCCGCCGCCGCCGCCGCUCAUUUCUUGCACCAGUUCCUGGCCGUCCCCGACACGUUCUGGUUCUUCCUCGGGCUGGCCCCGAGCAGCAAAUUGUACAUGAACAGCAUGCUCGCUACGUACGUACCGCCCGCCUCCCCCGGCGCCCGCGAGCUCACGACUCGGACGCGUCUGAUCCAGCCUCAACACCCGCAGCCGCCUGCGCGACCAGAUGACCUCGCAAGACAAGGGGUGGAACUCGAUCAGCAUGGACACGGUCGGCUCGAGCGCCCGCAAGCGGCUGCAAGUGCAGGUCACCGUGGAUCAUGACUCUGAUGCGGUGCGUAAUAAAUAUCGUUGUGUCUUCUGGCACUUGCUUGGUGCGUUCGGGGCUGGCUUGCUGACGCCGUAUUCCUUAGCAGUUCCACAAGAAGAGCCAGGAUCUUGGGAACUUCAACCCGAGCGAAGUGACCGCGGUUUGAAUCUUCAAGAUAGCCCGUAAUUGCAUUGCCCCCCGUGCCAAAAAAAAAACAAGUUCUCGUAUAUACCAUAUACUGUCUCUCCUUUGAUUGUUGCACCGAAACUGUCGCUAGUUCGAAUAUCUUGAAUUUCUUACUGUUGAACGUCGAUUUUGUGCUUGGACUGCUGUGUGGCUGAUGUAUGUAUAACACAAACUCGUAGCGAUUAUCUGAGAGCCCAGAAUCUGAUCAGAUUCAGACACAACGAUGGCCGAUAAAGAACAUCGCAGUAGGAAGAAUCUGUCAGUCUGUCUCCUCUAGCCUUCGG